CAAUUAAUGGGAAAUUUUAUUUUUUCCUUUCUUUUUUCAAUCUUAUUCUUAAAUAGCUUUACCCUCUCCUUGGAUUCUAUUACUGAUAAAAAUGCACUUAUUUCCUUCAAAAACUCCAUCACAUCCGACCCUUAUGCUAUCUUGAGCACCAAUUGGUCUCAAAAUACUUCAGCUUGUAAUUGGAUUGGUGUGUCGUGUGGCCUCAAACACGGCCGUGUCACUGCUCUGAAUCUCUCAGGCUACGACCUUGCUGGAACUGUAUCUCCACAUCUCGGAAACCUUUCGUUUCUCAAAUAUAUGGAUAUCAGUUCCAACAGUUUCACGGGAAUCUUACCAUUUGAGCUCUCUAAACUGCGUCGUUUGAAGGUGAUGAAUUUGGGAGUGAAUUCGUUCACCGGUGAAAUUCCAACAUGGUUGGGCAGUUUACCUCAACUAGAGAAACUCUAUAUGUACAACAACACUUUCUUAGGUGAAAUUGGAAGUUUGAGUAUGCUUAGAGAGUUGUUGCUCGGUGCUAACGAUUUCACAGGAAUAAUCCCUGAAGAACUAGGGAAUCUUUCCCAGUUAGAGGUGUUGAGCAUCCCAUCCUCCUCUCUGACAGGAAAUAUUCCAUCUUCAGUGUUCAAAAUAUCUUCAUUGAAAUGCAUGAAACUCUUUAACAACAGUUUGUCUGGAAAUAUCCCAAGUGAUAUAUGCGACAAUCUUCCAAAUAUUCAAGUACUUCAUUUUUGGAACAACCUACUUUUCGGAGAAAUUCCAUCAAACAUAUGGAAAUGCACACAGCUUCAGCGGUUAGCAUUAGCUCUCAAUCAUUUCAGUGGAAAAAUCUCAAGUGAAAUUGGAAAUUUGAGUAUGCUUAAAAUGUUGUGGCUCGGCUCUAAUGAUUUCAGAGGAAUGAUCCCUGAAGAAAUAGGGAAUCUUUCACGGUUAGAGAAGUUGAGCAUCUCAGCCUCCUCUCUCACCGGAAACAUUCCAUCUUCACUAUUCAACAUAUCUUCAUUGAAAAUCAUAAACCUGUCCAACAACGGUUUGUCUGGAAAUAUCCCAACUUUUCACAGUCUUCCUAACUUAGAGGAAUUACAUCUGUCUCGUAACAACUUACAAGGUUGGCUCCCAAGUGAUCUGUGCAGCAGCAAUAUCUCAAACAUCAAAACACUUGAGCUCUAUGGGAAUCAACUUGAAGGGCAUAUUCCACAAAAUAUAUGGAAAUGCACACAUCUUGAGACCUUGCUAUUAGUCGACAACAAUCUCAAUGGUAACAUCCCAUUCGAAAUUGGGAACAUGAGCAUGCUUAGGGAGUUGUAUUUGGGUGAGAACGACUUUCAAGGUGAAAUUCCAACCUCUAUCACCAAUGCUUCUCAGCUUACUGCGAUAUACUUGAGCAGUAACUCAUUCACUGGUCCCGUUCCCAACUUUGCUAAUCUAAGACAGCUGCAAGUCCUUAGCCUCAGCGAAAAUAAUCUGACUGGAGUAGACUCGCCGAAUCAAGAAUUGGGAUUUCUCUCUUCCUUAACAAACUGCCCAAAUUUGUUUUGGUUGGAUAUCAGUAACAAUCCGAUGAUGAAUGGUAUCCUUCCAGCUUCCAUUCGGAACUUGUCUACUUCUCUUUCCAGCUUUAGAGCAUCUAAUUGCAGCAUCAGAGGUAUAAUUCCUCCUGAAACUGGAAAUUUGAGGCAUUUGGAAGUUUUGGAUUUAUCCAAGAAUCAUCUCACAGGAUUCAUCCCAACUACAUUUCCAAUGGGUUGUAGUCUCGAGUCACUAGACUUAAAUUCUAAUAAAUUGGCAGGAUCUUUUCCCCAAUCCCUUUCCAAUUGUCCAAAUCUGCAAGUUCUCGAUAUUGGAAACAAUAGAAUACAAGACACCUUUCCAGUUUGGACUGGAAAUCUCAUUGAUCUUUGUGUCCUCAUAUUGAGAUCCAACAACUUUAGUGGUACCAUUCCUUCUCACACUUCCAAUGCUACUCUUCCAUUCCCCAUGCUGCAAGUUUUUGAUAUAUCCCAUAAUGCAUUCAUCGGCAAUCUGCCCCAUGAAUAUUUGAUGAAUUUUAAAGCGAUGAUGGAUGCAUGGGAGAUUCACCGAGGAGAACGAGAUCUGUCUCGAUUAUACAUAGAUUCAUUGACAAUAACAAUGACAUUAACAGUGAAAGGUAUUGAUAGAGAAUAUAAGAGAAUUCUGAAAACCUUGACAACCAUCGACAUGUCAUCCAACAGAUUCUCAGGCAGUAUCCCAAACAUCAUAGGAAAUCUGAGUUCCUUGAUAUAUCUGAAUCUGUCUCACAAUUGCCUCACAGGAGGUAUACCUGCAUCUCUUGGAAAUGUGCCACAACUCGAGUCGUUGGACCUGUCUUCAAACCGAUUGGAAGGGGAAAUUCCAACAGAGCUUACAAAGCUCAAAUUUCUUUCGGCGAUAAACCUGUCCAUGAAUCAUCUUUCAGGGAUGAUACCUCAAUCCAGUGGCCAGUUUCCCACAUUCGACAAUACAUCAUAUGUUGGAAAUUCUGGACUGUGUGGAUUUCCGUUAUCACAAAAAUGUGAAGAGUCUUCGCCUACAGGGAUGCUGCAAGAAGAUGAUGAUGGUGAUUAUGGUAUUCUAGAAGGAUUCUGUUGGCAGGCUGUUGUUUCCGGGUAUGGAUGUGGAUUUGUAAUUGGUCUGAUUGUGGGUUGUGUGAUUCUUGGGUAUGGAAGGCCUAAAUGGUUGGUGGAAUGGAUCUACAGAUUUUACAGGAUAAAGAUGAGAAGCCGUAGAGGAAAUGUGGAACCACAAAGAAGAAGAAGAAGAACAAGGAGACAAGAAGUUUGUAAUUGGGUUGGUGUGUCGUGUGGCCUCAAACACGGCCGUGUCACUGCUCUCAAUCUCUCUGGCUACGACCUUGCUGGAACUGUUGAUCCACGUCUCGGAAACCUAACGUUUCUAAGAUGUUUGGACAUCAGUUCCAACAGUUUCACGGGGAUCUUACCAUUUGAGCUCUCUAAACUGCGUCGUUUGAAGGUGAUGAAUGCGGGAGUCAAUUCAUUCACCGGAGAAAUACCGACAUGGGCAGCAGCUACGCUCCCUCUGUUGCGCCCAGAACCUGACCCACUCGAUGGAACACCACUGUACGCAGCUACACAGCCGCAAUUCCAGUUCUCCGGCUACCAGCUGCCGCCUCCAAACACCGACCAGCUGCCGUAUCCAUACACCCACCAGCAGCCCCCUCGAUCAAAAGCUAACUCUUGUUGGUAUCCACCGAACCCGCCACAACAGCUCCAGCAGGGGCAGUCACUACCGCCGUCGUGCUGGGAACCACCAUACCAACACCAGCAGUUCAGUUGGUCAGCAUACGAACAGCCACCCACGUGGAAGCCAUCAUGUUGGGGUCUGCCAGCCAGCCGUGCAACGAGGAUCGCUGAGUGCCUAAUCGGAGACGAGACGGGGACAAUUCUCUUUACGGCUAGUAACGAUCAAGGUCUUGUUUGCGACAAUGCCCUAGCUUGUGCUUUGAAUUGA